GCGGCGGCGGCGGCGGCGGGGGACAACUCAAGAGGAGAAGUAACGGGCUCCGGCGGGGGUAUCGACCCGAACUGCAGGCCUCCGACUUCGGGACAGCUAUCGGAGAGUGAUUCGGGCGGUUCGGAUGGAGUCCCAGGACGUAUCGGGGGACCCUGGAGGGCAGCGAGGCUUCAUCUGCGCCUCGUUCAACCAGGACACCACUUCUUUGUCUGUGGGAACUAAGACAGGCUACCGGCUUUUCUCCGUCACAGCUGUGGACAAACUGGACUGUAUCCACCAGGGAGUGGAGUGUCCUGACGUCUAUAUAGUGGAGCGAUUGUUCUCCAGCAGCCUGGUCGUGGUGGUCAGCCUUUCCAUGCCCCGACGAAUGAACGUCUACCACUUUAAGAAGGGAACAGAGAUUUGUAACUACAGCUACUCCAACAACAUUCUCUCCGUCAAGCUCAACAGACAGCGGCUCGUGGUGUGCCUGGAGGAGUCGAUCUACAUCCACAAUAUCAGAGACAUGAAGCUUCUCAAGACCCUGCUGAACACGCCCAUCAACCCCUCAGGUCUGUGUGCGCUCUCUGUCAAUCAUGGCAACUCGUUCCUGGCGUACCCCGGCAGCUCCACCAUCGGAGAGAUCACGGUCUACGACGCGAACAACCUGAGCACGGUGACUCUGAUCCAGGCCCACGACAGUCCGCUGGCGGCUCUCACAUUUAACGCUUCUGGCUCCAAACUGGCCAGUGCAUCCGAGAAGGGCACUGUAAUCAGAGUUUUCAGUGUUCCUGAGGGUCAAAGGUUGUUUGAAUUUCGGCGAGGGAUGAAAAGAUACGUUAGCAUCAGCUCAUUGUCCUUCAGCGCCGACGCUCAGUUCCUGUGUGCCUCGAGCAACACCGAGACUGUUCACAUCUUUAAACUGGAACAACACAGCCCUCAAGACGAGGAGUCUCCGACGUGGUCGGCGUACGUGGGCAAAAUGUUCACGGCUGCCAGCACUUACUUACCCACCCACGUGUCCGACAUGAUGCACCAGGACAGAGCAUUCGCAACUGUUCGACUCAACAUGUUUGGCUUGAAGAACAUCUGCGCUCUGGCCAUGAUUCAGAAGCUUUCUCGCCUGCUGGUUGCUUCCUCAGAAGGUUUCCUUUACAUUUAUAACGUGGAUCCCCAGGAUGGAGGCGAGUGUGUACUGGUUCAAAAACACAGACUCUUUGAAUCUACAGAGGAGCAGGAAGAAGAGAAGGAAGAGCAGAACCAAGAGGAUGUGCCUCCACAACCAGCCAGCCAAUCGUACGCUGCCACCGUGGCUCUCCCUCCCACCCUGCCCUCCUCCACUACACUCAUGGGCUACUCUGAAGACGGUGGAGCCCAGAAGGGCGAAGUCAUCCCUGAGCACGAAUUUGCAGAAGGCCCCAUUUGUCUGGAUGACGAAAACGAGUUCCCUCCGGUCGGCAACCAGAGUAACUAAUCCAAUCUCCUUCGCUUCCCAACAUCCCCCUCGCACCUCUGCACCAAAACCAGUUCUUUGUAUGAGAAGGACUGGACAGAAAUAUUCCUGACGAGUUGAAACGUUUCAGCUCAUGUUCCUUCCCAGAUGUUUCCCCUGCUGACUUUGGGUCGAAUCUUCCAGAGUGUUACUUCCUGGUGUGCUGGUGUUCUAUGUUCCCCUCACUUACUGGAAGGAAUCUGGGAAAAGAAAACUCUAAAGCAGAGCAAUCCACUUGAGUAAAACAAAAAAUAAACACCUGUAGAACAUUCACUUUUGGCAUAGACAGACUUAAAAAGCUGUCUAAAAAAUUCCUCCUGUCAAUUCCUAAUUAAUGCCAGUACCAACAGUGUUCUACAUUUGUAACAACUGCACACAACAGAAACCCUGACMGCCAGUAUACAUUACCGUUACUAAACCUAUGUUGUUUGGUUUAUGACUUGGGAAGCCUUUAAAACUUUUUGCAUUUCUGACUUUUUCCUUUUCUCUUUUUAAGUUGAGUAGCAAGAAAAGAAAUGUCUCAUAAAUYUGACUGAGCAUGAUCCAAUAUUUUUAUUUGUGAAUAGAAACAGGCUUGAAUCAUUGCCUUUUUCUUGGUCCAUUUUUCUCACAUAAUCUUGGCCUUUUUUUUUCAGCACAGGACUGCAUUAUUUUCCAAAACCAUCUUUAAAAAAAAAUUCUAACAAUAUGAUCUUGUUUCCACAACCAUGCGAAAAUGCUGAAUAUGACCCUAAACACUGUAGGAACUAUGCCAAGCCUGUAAGUGGCGCUGCAACACAACCAUGAACAAAAAACUGUAUCCAUGAAACAAGGAGAGCAUAAAUUUUACACAUUUAAACGCAACAAGAUGAACUGGACACCUUUUGCUUAUAUGUCACAUUAGAGUUGGGGCUAAAACAUCAUCCUUUUUGAAGGGUUGUGUUUUAGCAGUUUACAUGAAAACACACAAGUGGCAUUUCAAGAUUUUUUCGCUUUUGAACCUUUGGGGCUUCAUUUAUGUGUGGACGCAAGAUGGAAAYGAUAAAAAUGUUUCAUGUAUUGUAGACGGAUCAGGUUCAUGUCUUAAACUUUUUAAAAAAUUUCUUUUUUUAAUAGCACUUUUCAGGAGAAUAACACAUCUGAUUAUAAGACGCUGUCCCUACAUUUCCUUUUUAGAUUUUGCCAAAAUAAUAAAUCAGUGAUAGUAUACCAUCCUAA